ACCUAAUUACAGUUUUGAUUAAUCAUGACCUCAAAUUAUUAUCAUUACGAAACGUAAUUAUGUUCAUACAUUUUAUAUUCAUUAACACUUUAUGAUAUCGAAAUGUUUCCAUCAAUAAAAGAACUUCCGACGGUAAAGUAGAAUGUGACUGCUAACUUCAGACAGAGAGAUCGAGUGUGCGUGUGGCAGCGAUUCUUACCUUGUACUGAAUCACGCACUUGUGGUCAUUAUCACAAAUUGGAUAACCUCACUCACCUCUAGAAAUCACACGUGCUCUAUAAUCCUAAUUUUCCUCAAUUUUUCAGUUUCUUGAUAUUUCCCAGUUGAAUCGAAAAAUUGCACUUGUCAGGUUGUUUUUACCUGUUUUUUGAAGACAUCGGCCACUUGUGCUGAAUAUAUACUGAAAGACGCGCGCUUGUUUUCAAACGAGAAAAUACACGAAAUUCUUCAUUCAUUUUUGUAUUUAAAUUGGACACAUUUAUUCGAAGAAAAUGACAAAAUGUGCUGUGAGUUCAUUAAUUCCGUUUUUUGUGGAAACAUUCCGCAUUCAAUAGUUUGUUUUCUAAGUCAUAAUUAAAAAUCAUAAAAAUGAUAUUGUUGAUUUUAUUUGCUGUCGUCGGCUGCAUCGCCCUUUUUAGACUCAUUCAAAGAUCUCUGAUAUGGCAUAGACAAUUCAAUAUUUUAGAGAAAUUGCCCGGUCCGCCGCUAAAAUAUAAAAUUUUAGGGCAUUUGAAAGAAGCCGUCGUGUCUCCUGAAGAACUACCGACGGAGAUGCACAAGCAAUUUAAGGAGUAUGGAGGAAUAUACAGGCUGUGGCUUGUUUAUUAUCCCACAGUUUUCAUAGCAGAGGCAAAAUACGCCGAGAUAUUCUUCACAUCUGAAGCCACUCAAGCUAAACCUGAGCUUUAUCGGUUGCUCCACGUUUGGCUCGGACUUGGGCUCCUGACCAGCAAAGGGCAGAUGUGGCACGAACGUAGGAAACUCCUGACUCCGGCAUUUCACUUCUCUAAGCUGAAUGAAUUUUGUGAGGUAUUCGUCAAAAAUACACUUACGCUCGUCCAACAAUUACACAAAUAUCCGGAUGGAUCCCUCAUCGAUGUUUUCAAAAUCAUAAAGCUACUCACCCUGGACAACAUUUGUGAGUCUGCUAUGGGGAUUGAGAUCAACGCUUUAAAAAAUCCAAAUAACAACUACAUUCGGGCAGUUGAGGACUGCAUUCACAUGUCUCAAGAAAGAGUUGUUAAGCCAUGGUACUGGUUUGACCUCCCUUUUUUCAUCAUGUCCUGCGGUAAAAAAUACUGGAGGGAUUUGAACACGAUUUUUGAGCUCACUGAUAAGGCAAUCAGUAACGGGAAAAAUAAAAGAAUGGAUGUGAAAUCAAAGUCAAAGAAGAAAAAUGACGAAGAACCUAACAGAAUGGCCUUUCUCGACCUGUUACUUUCUACAUGUGAAGAUAGAUCCGUCAGCUUGUCGGACGAGGAUUUGAGGGAUGAAGUUAAUACUUUUAUUUUGGAGGGCCAUGAUACCGCUGCAGCCUCCAUUAGUUUCACCUUGUUUCUUCUGGGAGCGUAUCCGGAAAUUCAGGAAAAAUGUUACUCUGAACUUAGAGAGAUCUUUCAAGAUUCGAAUCGAAGUCCGUCAGUCGAAGAUUUACAAAAAAUGAAGUAUCUGGAGCAAGUGAUCAAGGAAAGCUUACGGUUGUUUCCAAGUGUCCCCAUAUUGGGGCGGGAAGCUGCGGAAGACGUAAUAAUGGAUGGGUACACCAUUCCCAAGGAAACGACUAUACUACUGAACGUGUAUAAUCUGCAUAGAGACCCGAAAGUUUUUCCGGAUCCGGAAAAGUUUGACCCCGAACGAUUUUGUCAAGAGCAAUGCUCGGGUCGCCAUCCCUAUUCCUUCGUUCCGUUUGCUGCUGGGCCGAGAAACUGUAUCGGUCAAAAAUUUGCCCUGAUGGAAGAGAAAGUGAUUCUAUCUUAUAUUCUUCGUGAUUACCUGCUGGAGUCAGAACACGGAAUAGAUGAGCUCCAAUUGAGUUUUCAGCUCAUAAUCAGAUCCCAAAAAAGCCUGAAUGUUUUUUUCCACCGAAGAAAACCGGACCUAACUCAGCUUUAAGCUUUGACGACGAUAGAGAGGAAGGUCUGCAUUUUCCUCUCCAUUUUUUUGAAUCUCAAUUUAACCUCUACAAUAGUUGCGAUUUUCUCCGAAUCGGCGCGACUAGUAUAUAAAUGCUAGUUAAUUACGGCGAAUGGGCAAUGUAUGACCUUGAAUGUAUUUUUGACCUUGAACGUACCACAAAUAAUUGACUUGAUUCAUUGACUGCUGAUCCUCAACUUUGAAUUUUAAUUGAUUGCAAGAUGGGCCUGUUGCAAACUUUUGCUGCGGCAAAAAUAAGAGUUUCUACUAUAAAUGUCUCAAACAUCACGAUGAGCGCAACGGCAAAGUCUGAAAUGCACUCCUCUCUUCACAAUUUACAUGACAAAUUUGCGUUUUUCCAAGCUUCCCGCUCCAAAAACGAUACCACGGCACAGGUGAACAUUUCGUUAGAAAAGCCAUUCUAUCCAACCCUUGCUGACCCGAGGAUAUGACGCAAUAUUCAACAUAGCCGACGACAAUCCGCCAAAGAACAUGUGACGAGACGAUGGUUUAUACCACCUCAUAACAAUCGACGUGUUUACAUUCACAUAUUUCUCGCGUUGAUAGAUAUCCGCCGUGAUUGACCACUUGCUCUCUCCAACUUGCGCGCGGAAGCGUCGGUCAUUAAUGUUGAGUGGGGAUUGAAUGGAACGACUCUUCUGACGAAAUGUUAACCUGUGCCGUAGUAUCCUUUUUAAAGCGGGAUGCUUAAAAAAACGCGAAUUUCUCACACUGAUUGUGAAGAUAGGAGUGCAUUUCAGAGUUUGCCGAUGCGCUUAUCGUGAUUUUUGAGACGUUAUAGCUAUAAGGAAACCACUCUUAUUUUUGCUCUGGCAGGAGUUUGCAACAGGCCCAUUAUACGCUAUCACGACAUUGAUACAAUUCUUAUUAAUUCAUCGGUUAUGUCCGCUCAUUUUUUCCCUGCUACAAUUACAAAACAUGAGUAAGAAAUCAAAAACAAAAGAAUGAUUGAUAGAAAAGGACCGAUUAAUCGGAACGAUACUUAUGCAGAUGUUUGUAGCUUUUUUAUGUUAGUAUUCGAGUUGGUGGCGAUAAAAAACUUUACUUUUGAUUGGAUUUUUUGAGAGAGCUUUUGCACAAAUAACUAUUAGCUCUGUUGUAUUAUUAUUAAUCAGACUUGAAGGCCCUCAGCGCUUUUAAAAUGGUGGUUUGAAUGUUCUCUCUUGAAAAUGUUAAGAGUCGUUGGAAGAGAUACACUUCGUCCGUAUGCUCGACCGGUGAUGCACAAAAUCUGACACAGCAUAUUUUAAGGUUACAACUGAGGCAACUAUACGAAGUGAAGAGCUUUCAAACGGGAGAUACCCGAUUCCUGAAAUGUUUUUCAAGGCAUGCUAUCGCAAUGUUUAAGUGUUCAUCUGAAGCAAAGCAAGCUUGGGAUGCACCCUGAUACAGCCAACCUAAUAUUCCUGCGGUCCCCCCUUCGGGACCGCAAUGGUAGAUACUGGAGUGUUGGGCACGGGCGAGUUUGUCGAUUCUCAUGGUGACGGACGCGAAAUGCAACUGAGGGAUUUUUUGGGCGGGCGGGCGGAUUUUGUAUGUAUACGAUGCGUUAGAAAGUAGUUUUGGUUGUGCAAUGAAGUCAAAAAGUGAGUGGACAUUUACAUUUUGCAAACAAGAAUCCGAAAUUGAGAUUCGAUCGCAUGAUGCAACGUUUAUGACACCUUCAAAAUCCCCCGAUUUGCUUCCGGCUAAUGUGAGAGUGAUAAUAUGCUCUCCAAGCUGUGAGGGUAAGACAACGAUAAUGCCAAGUUUGCUGGAAGUUUGCGGAGGAACGAGAUAGAACAAGCAAUAUAUCUUGACCGUUAAACGGGGAGUCCCAACGUAUGGGAGGUACUCCUCCAACAUAUCGUUGAGCUCUCUAAGUACAGCCCAUCUGGCAAGCGAGCUGUUUCUCUGGUCCCCCUGGUAGCGCUCUGUGUACCUUUCGGUGUAGAGGAUUCGGUGAUUAGGCCCGAUCGUUACAAACGCUCGAGCCCGAUAUAAAAUAUAUUGCCCUACUUGGACGACGUCGAGUGCAUCCCACGCGUGCGCCUUUAAAUCGUCAAACGUCAGGGCAAUCGCAGAUGUUAUUUGAUUGAGACCGGUUAAAGACGUCGUGUGGGACGCAUCGAAUCGAACUUCGGUCACAACAUUAUAUUCGGGGUCCCAUGUGUAAAUCACGUUGGGUUCCUCGUCUCCGCACUCGAGGACAUGGUUGUGUGUGUCGCGAGCUAACUGGUCGAUGCGCAUGGUGGAUCUUCGAGGUACAGAGGUGCACGGUGAACUGAAGCAUCCUUCGUCGGAUCAAACUUUCACGGGUCAAUUUUUUCGUAUAUGAACGAUUAAUGUAGAAACCUGUUUCUAAUCAAUUUUUUGGAUCCGUGCGAUUAUGGCCGACCACGAAACCAAAUUUAUUUUUUGCAAGCAAAAAGAUCGCAUUAAGAUUGAGCCUAAAGAUACGCGGGAUGCGCUUUGUGCCCCUUGUCCACAUAUCCAUCGUAAUACUUUAUAACGAACUGGCAUCGUAAUUUUUAAGAAUUUCUUUUAAAACAUACGUAACAACGUAAUUUCCUUUUAAACAUGACCGUGGACUUCGACGUGGGUACCGGCACAAAUUUUUCGUUGUACCGCACGCUCAAAUUCGUUUGGUCGGUUGAUACCGAUUUACGCUUUACAUGGGGACUCUAAACAUCUGGGAGGGGAAAACAACUGAAACUCACUUUUUACACUGAGGGGUCGGCGGGUGGCAGACUGGUUGUGCGUUUGUGUACCGUUGAUCUUAUCAACCGUAAUGCACCCGAAGAAUAAUGUUCCCAAACUUGAUCGUAGAUGGAUCAAAUGAUCAAGUUCCUGAUCGCCUUCCGAUUCAAGGCGCUUCCCCUGGUUUUACGGCACCAGCGAUCUGAACGGUACGUUACCGCCUGUUCCUGGUCGUUCUCUCCCAUCAACACUCCUUGGAACUCUACGUAUAAAAUGUAGAAUCGCUGGUCAUCGCCGAACUCGGGCAAUCGUUCUUGGAACCAAACAAGCUUCAAUUCGUUCUUCAAAUGGCGCACUAAAAGGGCGCGAAUCGACAUCGAUCGGUAACGCCGGUAAAUAUUCAACGCAGUGCACUUCUUAUAGACCCAUUUCGUCUCUCCGGUAACACUCACCGUCAACUUCGCGGUGCUGUUAGUAGUAUAUUUUGGUCUGUAUUGCCCUCUCGAACUGGUCAAGCCGCAUGGCCGUACCGUACUAGUCGAGAGAGCAAACUGAAGAGCCCAAGUCGGUGUCUUCGUCUAGACAAGACACAUUAUCCUCUGGAAUAUUAAAUUGUUUUCUAAAGUUUUUAUGAAACGUUCAUGGCCCUUGUCAAUAUAACCGUCGUAGUAUUUAAUGCUGAAUUGAAAUCUUAAUUUGAUUUCUAUUUGACCUAAAUAACGAUAUGAAUAUAAGGAUGGUGCAGUUUUCAAGUCUUGGAUCGGGAUAUCCUCAUUAAUAACUGUUACUCUUUUAAAAUUAAAUUAAAAUUAGGCGUGGCAAACACAAACUAUUGAAACUAUUUCGGGUUUUCAAGAACACACGACGCAUGAAUGCCGGAAAAACGUACGGAUUCCUACUGCAUCUGUGAUCAAUCGCGGAUAAAAUACGUGACAAUUCACCCUCACACAGUCUUCUAUUCGUCCAAAAAACGUGAAUAUUAUCGUACGUCGUCGCCUCAAUUCGUCGUCCAAAGUUGCACGCCAAACGUUCCACAAGCUCGGUUGUCACAUGCCAUGGGAAAUCAAAGUUCUGCUCUGGUAAACAAACAGUCGCUUCCCAAGGAAGUUUUUUAACGAUAAAAUUAACAACUCGGGCACGCCCGUUAACCCCACAUUUAUUUUUUAUUGCACAUGUAUUGACAAGGGGGGGGGGGGGUUAACAAAUUAGUCGUAAUAUGAUGAUACAGGGUUAGACAUAUAGAUUACUAGUAAGUAUUUUUUUCUUAUUAGUCGUUGUUGUACUAAACAAAAAUCAAAAUUUAAAUAGACUUCCCUGUAAAACGAGCGCAUCAAGCCUCGGUAAAGAUUGGGAUUUUUGUACAAUUUUUGACGUAUUAUCGUGAAUACAUUUUCUAUAAUUUUUACACAUGGAUUAUUCAUUGGUGUACUCAUGGAAUUAUCGACUUAAUGGUUUUUUCACCUUUAUUUUUCCUACAUUUUACCAACAUACACCAUUUGCAACACAUAUUAUCCAUUGACACGAUCGAAAUUAUUCCUCGUUUUUUUUUUUUUAAUGAGUGCAGGGAUCACAUCAUUUGACGCUCCUCUCAACGGAUCAUACAUAUAACACCUUAAUUCUAAUGCAGAAACUCUCAGUAAUCUCCACCGGGAGUUUCGCAUUUCUAAAUCUACAACCCUUAGAAACAAGGUCCUGUACAAAGAAUCAAGAUAGCCAGAAUAAUCUGUUUCAGUUAUAAGCGUAUCCGGCAUUGAUCCUAUUGUAUGAUCUAUCUUCGAUUGCGUCAUCGUGGUAAAUUACAGUGGAGAAAAAUGCUGGCAAAAUUUUGACUGGCAUGGACCUAUGUUGCUCUAGUAUUUGACGAUUUUUUUAUUUUUUUCGCUAAAAAACCAUAGGGGGACGCUGAGAGGUGUUAAAAUCAUAAAAAGUUGUUAAAAAUUUAAAAAAGAUUGUUAAAGUAAAAGAGUUGUUUAAAAAAAAAAAAAUUAAAACUACAUAAACUACUAUAUUAGCAGUCGGCCACAUAAUUAAAAAUAAUAUUUUUUAUUCAAUUUCAAAAACCGCGCGUAGAAGUGUUGCGUAAGAUUUUUUUAAGUGUCUGCUGAACUCUUUCCGGUCACGUCUUGACAUUUUCUCUCGCACGGGUUACACGCUCCAUUUAUUGAUUUAAAAUCAUAAAGGGAACGCAUCAGCAAAAGUCGCAUUUUAAAAUCGUCUACUCCUCUUCGAAUGAAUGCUAUAUGGAAAGGGGGUACCUGCACCUUAUUCGAAUAUUUUGAGUUUUUACAUGAUUUAUCAGCUAAGCUGUUAAAACAUUUUUUCCAGUAAAGAUACUUUACUUUUCUGGGUCUAGUGCUCAUCCCAUUUUGUCCUACAAAACGAAUACUAUUUUUCAUCGUGGUGUCAAGUUCAAGUUUAUGUUUAAAGGUAAAGUUCAUGUUCAAGGUCAAAAUCCGUGUAUGUCCGAGUUCAAGGUCAAGUUCAUGUUCAAGGUCCAAAUCCGUAUAUGUCCAACUAUCUCCGGCAUAUAUAAGCUAUUGAUAUAAUAAGCUACUUAUAGCAGCUACUCAUGGUAUUUUCCUCAGAUCAUGAUAGUCGUAAAGCCUGACAUUCUGCAGGCUUGAAUUAAUAUCUUGAUGUCACUUAAAUUGAAAAUAUGAGACAAUUUGUUUUAAUAAAUGAUAUGUUCAAAAUA